AUGGAUUCAUACGACGCGGCCGAUCAGCUCGAAAAGUCCGUUGCCGCUCACGAAGAGGGAGAUCGCGUGGAGCGCGUACGCACGAAGGGCGGCCAUGAAGACGACAGAACACAGCCAGCUCUCCCCGUGGUGCACCGGUCGUUUGCUAACCCAGCACCCUUGGGGCUGCUCUCUUUCGCAACGGGCAUCUUCCUGAUAUCCGCCUACGGUGUCCACGUUCGAAACAUCCAAACGCCCAAUGUCCUCGUGGGCAUGAUUAUCUUUUUCGGCGGUGUGUGCCAGUACAUCUCAGGCAUCAUGGAGUUCAUCUCUGGGAACACGUUUGGCGCCACCGUCUUUUCGUCCUAUGGCGCGUUCAAUAUCUCGUAUGCGAUGAUCUAUCUCCCCGGGAGUGGAAUCAUCGCCGCAUACACCGACAAGACAACCGGCCAGGUCAGCCCAGAGUUCAAUCAGGCUGUCGCCAUGUUUCUGUGGGCUUGGUUCAUCCUCACCGUGAUAUACACUGGCGCCGCUUGCCGCGCGUCAUGGGUCCUAUUUAUCGAUCUUGCCUUUCUAGACCUCGACCUCCUACUGCUGGCUUGCGGGUACAUGUUCAACCGCUCAUCGCUGCUCAUCGCUGGAAAUUCGGUCGGCUUCGUGGUGGCGUUCUUGACCUACUGGGCUGGCGUGGCUGGACUCUACGCGGGAGGUGUUACGCCUUUCAACAUUCCGACUUUUCCAAUGUACAAGGAGAAGAAAUGA